CAUACCUACCAAACGGGUUACGCGAACCUCGGUAAUGGACAGCCGGCUAAGUUGUUCUCGUCGUGGGAUAAACAGACUGUGGACACACACUUCAAAUGGAUGAAAGAGAACAACAUCGAUACGGCGGCUCUGCAGCGGUUUGGGGGUCACGUAAAGCGCGACCCAAUCGACACGAAAUCGAUGAACGGUGUGGCCGACAACGUGAGGGCCGCUGCCGAGGCUCACGACCGCAAGUUCUACAUCAUGUGGGAUAUCAGCGGUUGGACCAACUUCUCCACAGAACUCAUCGAGGACUACGACAACAACAUCAAGCGCCUGGUGUCGAGUAAGGCCUACGCCCACCAGAACGGCAAACCCGUGGUCUGCAUCUGGGGCUUAGGGGUCAGCGGUCGGCCCAAUGACACGGUGGGCGCCACCGCCCUCAUCGCACACCUUAAGAAAGAGGGUUUAUAUAUUGCAGGAGGUGUGGGCAGGCAGUGGCGCACCGACACCACAGCCUUUAAGGACGUCUACACGAAGCUCGAUAUGUUGCAGCCCUGGGCGGUCGGCCGCAUGCGGAACAUCAAAGAGGCCGAGGAUUACAAGAAGACAUUGGAGGCCGACCACAGCCUACUAACGCAGCAUAAAAUAGACUUUCAGCCGGUUCUAUUUCCGGGCUUCACGUGGGCUAAUUGGCAAGAUAAGGCCGUACGUAAUCAGAUCCCGCGUGAGCAUGGUGACUUCAUGUGGCGUCAGUUCGUGAACGUGCGAGAGCUGGACAUCCCGUCGUGUUAUGUGGCGAUGUUUGACGAGUACGACGAGGGGACGGCCAUCGCAAAGGCGGCCGAGAAUAAGUCAAUGGCGCCGACAGAAUGGUUCAGCCGGCACCGGGAGAUACAGGGAUUGAAUGAAGUGUUGGACGAGAAUAGUGGUGACCCGGAAGCGAAAGAGGAGACACAAGAAGUGCAGACUUUGGACACAGAGGUCGACGACAGAGACAGAGAUGAGACGAAAGGACCGGAAGAGAUGUCGGGACCAGAAGAGGGCGGAGAGAGUGGUGUCGGAGAAGAGGUUGACAGAGAAGACAGCGUUGAUUGUGAACCGAUUGCCAGCACUAGUCGUUCGGGUGCUAAGAGUGUCUCAAAUGAUCGUCCAUUUGUGUGUUUUUGGCCCAAUUGUGGCAAACGAUUCACUCGAAAAGAUCAUAUCAAUCGACACAAACUUUACGUUCAUUUGAAUGAAAAGAGAUUUCAAUGCGAUUAUAAGGGAUGUGGUCAGAGGUUUGUGAUGAAUACGGAUUUAAAUCUUCACAAACGGGUCCACUCGGGAGAGAAACCAUUUGUCUGCGAUGUCAUGGAUUGUGACAAACGAUUCGCACAGAAAUCCAAUUUAAAUAAACACAUAAAUGCUGUUCACUUGAAACUCAAACUAUUUGUUUGCGAUGAAGAUAAUUGCGGCAAAAAAUUCAACGAAAAUGCAUCACUUAUUCGUCAUAAACGCAUUCAUACGGGAGAAAAACCAUACGUUUGUGAUCACAAGGAUUGUGGCAAACGUUUCACUGAUCCGUCACAUUAUAGACGACAUGAACGCAAACAUUUGACGAACAAAUAA